AUGGCUUAUAUUGACCGUAACAUUGGUGGUGACAUCCAAGCCGAACAAUUAAUUGGAAGAGUAUUAAGGAUGCCAGAACGACACCAUUAUGAGCAAGAUUUUGAGGAACUUAAUACUGCUUACUUUCAUGUUAAAGCCAAUAGUAAUGAAGAAUUUAAAGAAAUAGUAAAAAAGAUUAGCAAAGAGUUAGAGAAUAAUGUUCCCGAGAUUAAAAAUGAAGUAAUUUUGGCUUCAGAGAAAGACAAAUUAACUCUUUGUCCAGCAAGAAAAACUAAAUAUUUUCCUAAGAUAGGAACUAUUAAUGAGGAUUUAACUAGGUUAAAUAUUCAACACAUUUUAGAAAAUAAGGUUAGAGAUUAUUCGAAAGUUCCUCCUUCUUUUGUUGAACCAUAUGGAGGAAGAACUAUUACUGAGAUUAAGAUAGGAAAAACAUCUCCUGCUAUUAAUUUAACUGAUUUUAACCGCAAAGAAUAUCAAAAAAAGUUAAAAUUUCCAGUUGGAGUCAAUUCAGAGGCUGAUAAUGAAUUAAAAACCAUUGCCCAAGAAAUUGUUAAUACUUUUAUGAAUACUAUUAAAUUGAUUACUGCUUAUGAUAAUUGUAAACCAAUUCCUAGUAUUAGCAUAAAUAAAAAAAAAGAUAUUCAUGAGUUUGAUAAUAGCAUUCAUCAGUAUUAUAGCAACCUUAAUCCUCUAGAGUUAGAAGCAGCUCGAGUAAUCGAUGUUGCUAUCGAGACUACAGGCAAGAGUUUAUUGCAAGACAAAAUUGAUAGAAAAUUAUUUAAGAUUGAAAGUUUUGAUAGAGAGAAAGCUAAAGAAAAGUCGGCAGUAAUUCCGCCUAGCAAAGUUGUAGUAGGAGUAAUAACUACUACUAAUAAAAAGGAUAAGUAUCAAGUUUACAAAGUAAAUGAAAAUAACCAACCAUUUCCAGUUAGUGAAGCAAUAGAUAUGGAAGAAUGUACCAAAAAGAAAAAACCAUCCUCGCCACUCAAUUCACCCAAAAAAGUUCAAUGUUUUCAGUGCCAAAAAACUUUCUCUCUUACCUUCGUGGUUCCUAACGAACGAACUCUUUAUCGGAAAGUUAAACUUUCUGACCAACCCAAGCAAGCAACUGGUCGUAAAGGAAAAAUUACACAGAAUAUUUUACCACUUUUAAGAACUUACAUUGAGCAAAAUAAUACUGCUACCCAGCAAGACAUGAUUAAUUUUUUGACUCAAACAGCGGCUUUAACUUUGCAUCAGUCUAAUAUGUCUAGAUUACUAAAGAGAGAAGGCAUAACUAGAAAAAAACUAACUUAUCACUAUACUCAAUUAGACGAACAAAAAGCCAAGGAGUUUAAUGAAGAAAUAAAAUCUUUACUAUUAGAUAAUGUUCCCUUUAUUGCUUUGGAUGAAUGUUCUUUCUAUCCCAAAUUAGAUCCAAGGUUUGGUUAUUCUGUAACAAGCAAAAGAGCAGUUUCCAAAAGACCGAGUAGUAAGGGAAAACAUUAUACUCUUUUGUUUGCUAUUAGCAAUCUAAAAGAAAAAGGAGUUGUUCAUUGGAAGUUGACUGAUAAAAGGGUUGAUUGGAAAGUAUUCUAUGAUUUUUUAGAGGAGAUUAACCCUAUUGGAGAUAAAAGGAAUAUCUUACUUAUGGAUAAUGCUCGGAUUCAUCAUGCUCCAAAAAAGAGAGAAGAAGCAAAGUUGCCUAGCGUGGGAAAACAGAUGCUUAAAAAGAAUAUCGAAGUAAGGUUUAUUACUGCUUAUGCUCCCAUGAUUAACCCUACUGAAUUAGUCUUUUGUCUCUUGAGACAACAAACUGAAAAGCAAAGACCUAGGAAUUACAAGGAGAUGAAAGAAGCAAUAGAAAAGGUGGUUGAGUUAUUGAAUACCAAAGAUUUGAGCAAAUACUUUUGGCAUUGUGCUGAGAAAGGAAUUUUGAAAAAUGUAAUAUCGAAAAGAGAAUUGCCAGAUAAUAAAACUUUCUUAAAUUUAAUUCAAAAAGCCCGCCAAGAAUUAGAACCUUGGCUACAAAAACCGGAAAACGUCCGCGAGAAAAAUUAUAGGCAAAAAGUAGUUCGACCCACGGUAGAGGAAAUUUUAGGCGAAAAGCUAGAUGAGGAAAUCAAUACAAUUACUAUUAGAAAUCAUCCUGGUGUUCCUGGUCAAGCUGAUGGAGAUUUUAAAAUUGCUAAUAAAUUAGCGG